UAUUUUCACAAUCUGGAAGCCGGCCAACAAAAGAGGCGAUUGAUUGUUGGGCUAGCAGUAUCGGGAAAGGAAAGGCAAGGAAAAGCGAAAGAUUGAAAAGAUCUUCUCUUCAUUUUUCGAGUCAGUGCGAGUCGAGUGAAGUGGCAGCGUUGUUAUCAGUGACGUGUAAAUAUCGAAAUCCCAUUAGUUUUCGGUUUUCCGCCACCAUCGGCGAAUUGGAUUCGACUUCCGGAGUAUCGCUGUUUUGUUCUCGUGUGCCCGCGGUUCGGAUGAUGGAUCAUGCCAAGAGUCGGGGGCGAAAGCCCUCCGCUAACGUGGUAAAGCAACAGGGAGAGUCAAAAUCCUACCGGGUUCAUUUGUCUCUGGCUCUGUUUUUGGUUAUACUUUGGCUUUCUCUGCCGACAUUAUGCGAUGGACACGAACAUGGUCAUCAUCACCACCAUCAUGAUGAAAAUCCAAGCUUUAAGUAUUCAAGACAGGCAAAUCAGAUGUACCAAGAAGCAGAUCAUGAUCAUGAUCAUGGACAUCAUCACCAUGAUCAUGGGCAUCAUCAUCAUCACGAUCAUGAGCAUCAUCAUGAUCAUGGACAUCAUAAUCAUGACCACCAUCAUCACGAUCAUGGUGGUCAUCCCAAAAUUAAAGAAGGAAAUGAAAAACCUCCAGUCGAUACAUUCUACAUUUGGGUCCACUCGAUCAGCUCGACGCUGCUCAUCAGUGCGGCACCUUUCUUUAUCCUGUUCGCCAUUCCCCUGGACAACACCGAAGAAAUGCAGCCCCGUUUGAAAACCCUGCUAGCGUUCGCUUCCGGCGGUUUGCUGGGGGAUGCGUUCCUGCAUCUCAUUCCGCACGCCAUUCAACCGCACAGCCACGGUGAACACGAUCAUCAUGACCACGGCCAUGGACACAGCCAUCAUCACGAUGAGGAAGGUCACAGCCAUGGCCACGAUAUGCGAGUUGGGCUCUGGGUACUGGCCGGAAUAAUUGCCUUUUUGGCCGUGGAAAAAAGUGUCCGUUUGAUAAAGAAGGAUGCCGCCGGAGGACAUGGCCACAGCCACGGUGGAGCGCCCAAGAAAGCAAAGUCAUCCCCACCGGCAUCGCCGUCGAAGAAGAAGGACUCGGCCAAACAAUCGGGCUCCGGAGAUGGUGCUAGCAGCAAGAAAAAGCCCGAGGAAACCAACAAGGGCAAAGGUGCGGUGGUGAAGAAAGAACCGAAAAAAGAUCAAAUCAAAAUUGCCGGCUAUCUCAACCUGGCAGCCGAUUUCACUCAUAAUUUCACCGAUGGUCUGGCCAUCGGAGCAUCCUAUCUGGCCGGUAACAGCAUCGGCAUAGUGACGACCAUUACCAUUUUGCUGCACGAGGUGCCCCACGAAAUCGGAGAUUUCGCUAUUCUGGUCAAAUCGGGAUGCUCCAAAAAGAAAGCCAUGCUGCUGCAACUGACCACGGCCAUCGGAGCGCUGGCCGGAACUGUGAUAGCCCUGCUAGGUAGUGGCAGUGAUGCUGCCGAGUCCUGGGUACUUCCGUUCACGGCCGGUGGUUUCAUCUACAUCGCCACUGUUUCCGUUAUUCCCGAGCUACUGGAAGAAUCCACCAAGCUGUGGCAGUCGCUGAAAGAAAUCACCGCCCUGCUAGCGGGUGUUGGAAUGAUGGUAAUUAUUGCGCAAUUUGAAUAGAUUCUUUUUGUGAACGUUGAUUUCUCCUUUGCUCCUCGAUAACUUAAACUAUCUUAUGUGUGUAAUUCAAUAUGUUCGUGAUUGAUGCGCGGCACGUUUUUAACGAUAUGGGACUUUGUUGUCUCGUGUUCGAGAUGCUGAGAUGAUGAUGGUUAGAAGAAGUUCGAUUAAUAUAAUCUAUUUUUUCCUAUAGUUGGUGAGAUUUACACAAUGUUUAAACAUAUGCAAAUAAAACAUACAAAUACUAAGCUAGAUUCAAUUUCAGAACAAUUUCAACAAAGUGUGUAAGAUAGACGUAUAACGCGCGGAAAUAAAUAUAUCUAUUACCUACUAAUUCAA